AUGGAGCACCCGCGCCCUGUGCUUCCCUCUCAACGCUACUCCCCUUCCCCAGUCUACAGCUACGAUAGCAGACGAUGCACGCCAACUGGGCGGCAGCCGUUGAGGGAGUCGACGGGCAAUGUCCAGUCCGCCGGCUCUCACUUAGGAAGCCUCGCAUCGUCAUGCCGUAAUAGCCCACUUGGGCUCUUCUCACCGAGCCUGACGAGCAUACCCACUCCACCCAUCGUACCAUCGCAGGCUGGCUCUACCUACAGGAGCAGCAGCAGCCUGAGAAGGCCAGAUGCUCUCCACAUGGCCAGAAGGGCACGACAUGACAUCAACCCCAUCUACUAUGCCCCCGAGUUCCGGCCUUACCGGGACAAGCAGGACCAGAAGGAUCCCAACGAGAAGCAGAUCUGGCCUCGUGUGUUGGAAGAUGCCUUCCUCGACUCACUGCUCAUCAUCCCGCAUAUGGGUAGAAAGAAGUACAGCAUGCAGGGCAAGCAGUUUGGGCGUAACAUGCUCAUCAGCGAGUACCUGUGGAUCGCGUACUGCUGCAGCUUGCAGCCAGGACAAAAGGCAGAGGAGAGAAAGAGAAAGCAAGUCUCCAGCCACAUUCAAGUGGUCAAGAAGAUGUUUGAGAAGCACCGAUGCUACCACUUCUUUUUCGUCAAGGACCCUGAUAAAAGCGAGGCCCGUCUCAAGGACAACAUGGAGAUUGCCUCCUUCAAGGACAACCCGGUCCUGGUUGCCCUCGCCGAGGGUCGUCUUCCAGACGUGCGUCCCAACUACGAGUACUUUGCCCAGAUCCUUGCCAUGGACUCUCUUGUGGUCAUGAGGCCCAAGACUGCUUGGAUCUUCGUCGCUUCCUCCAACGUCAGGAUGGAAGAGAACGGAGACGCCUAUGACCAAAAUGGCAAGCCUCUCGACCCUGACUACUACCCCCACUUGGAGAAGAACAUGCACAAGGAAGACGGUCUCUCCAGAGGCCUCAACGGUAGUGUUCUCCUACACGAGUACAAUCGCGAAUUGGCGCAGAAGGAAUCCGCAGCUGUCACUGAGAUGUCCCAGGAAUGGGAAGCCAAGUUCCCCCCCUUGCACAAAUCACUCGAGCACGCCAUCCAGGAAAACAAGUGGCUUGACAUCUUGGAGAUGACCGUCACGCUCGAGAUCCAUCCCCGCAGCAACUUCCCCGCCGGAUCCGAGCUCAACGGCUUCGUUGAGCUAAGCAUUUCCCAGCCCGCGCUCCAGAACCACCGCUGGAAGUGCGUCACCAAGCUGGCGAGGCCCGAAGAGCUCCGCCGAGCCGAGAACGAGCCCUGCAUCAUUGAGCAGACGAGCGAGGUCGGCGUGCAGUACACUCACCGUCCCGGAUGCCAGGAGAGCAAGUUUGAGUGCGAUUGCCGUAGCCGUCCUAGACAGGACGUCCGCGUGCCCUUCCCCGCGGCCGAGUGGGCUAGCAUCCUGAGCACGUGUGCCGGCUACCUCGAGCCCGUCGACAACAAGAAGAUUGAGGACGACGAGGAGAGAGCCAAGGCCGCGGAAGACGCCGCCCUCGAAGCUGAGCGUACCACGGCGGAGCUGAUCCAGCAGGUCGGCAUGUUCCAGGAGCUGUGGUCUGCCCCGCCCGACAACUCUGACCGCCGCAACUGGGUGCGCCGUGGCAUCAUUCUCUGGAAGUUCCGCACAAUCCACGCCUUUGAUGACAAGUGGAACCCCAUCUUUGAGAAGCCCGCGCCGCAGAAGGGCAGGAAGCCCGCCGAAGAGGACGGCGAAGACCAGAGCUCAUCAUCCCGACGGGGAAGCCGAUCAAAGCGCGUCUUCAAUCCUCCCGGCACGACUUGGCGCUUCCUCACGGCCCUAGACCCCGUCUCCUCGGCGCAUCAGCAGAACGUCUGCGUCAACCCGGCAUCUGGCCCGAGCCGGGAGAUUCUCAUGGCACCGACACCUCCCUACUCUCACCACCUCGCUGCCGUCAUGAACGACAACAUGAGCAACGCUUGGGAAUCCGUCACCAUGCCGGGCCAGCUACCAAGCCUGGCAUCCACCGGAACACUCGGGCUUAUGGACAACUACUCACAUGGACUCGCAACACCUCCACCGACUGCCUCCCUCAAUUCGUCAUACGCAAGCAGCUACGAUGGCAGUCAUGAAUUGGCCGGCGGACACCACCAUCACCAGCUUGAUAUGUUCACCGCUGCGGCCUGCACGAGCUCCAUGGACAACCAGGCCAUCGUCGCUGACAUGUCAUCUGCUGCUCCCGAUCCGUACCUCUCGGCGACUGCGGGCAUCCAAGUUUCAAGCGGUGUACCUGUCGGCGUCUACGACGAGGGCGAGGUCGAGGGCAUCCACGAUUGGGACACGGCGACCUCGUCUUUCCAUGGCCUCCACCAGUGGAACGGCUGGAGCGAGGCGGCGUCAGACCCAAAGACGCAGCAGUGGCAGAACGAGAACCACCGCAGCGCGGCCGCCAACUCCAAUCUCUGGGCCGAGAGCAAGGACCACCACACAUGGAACCAGCAGCCGUGGGCCCAGGCCGUCUCGGCAGUCGCUGCCGUGGCCGGCACAGACGGCAGAUCCGGAUGGUCACCAGUCGACCAACAGCGCAGCAGCGGACUGCCCUCGCUGGAUCAGCUCACCCCGCUCAAGUCGUUGACCGGCAGCAGGAAGAGGGCGCGCUCCAACAGCCUCGACAUGGAGAACAGGGAGAACUACCCUGCAUCAUCGAUCCAGAAGCUGGUGCACCAUCGAGCGCCGGCAGCAGUGAUGGACGAGGCUGGUGGUCACGGACACCGCAACUGGGAGUGA